UCUGCCUCUUUCACUCACGCCUCCUUCCUUCCACCCCCAAUCUCCACAUCUUCCUCAUACUCAGUUCUCUCCCCUCCUCAAACUGCUGCCUCCCAGUUCCCUCCCACCCCCAUCUUUCUUGUCCCCUGAGACUUGCAGCAAGUGGGAGCGAGAGAGCUCCUGGCAGAACUGACGACAGUUCCCCAUGCCCCUCCUCCUCAUCUGCUCCCUCCCCAGUGCAGGCACAGACUUCCCCCUACAAAAGGCAGGAGGAGAGGCUGUUGAGACCAGCUGCUCUCAGGCUCACUUUCCUUUGCCUUCAGCUGGCUAGGCUGGGCUGCGCUUUUGCUCCCUCUUUCUCCAGGUGAGAGUGGGUACCUGAGGUGCCAGGUCCCCCACCUCAUUCCCUCUGAAUGCUAUGGAAAGUCCCAAGGGGCAGGAGCUGCAAAAUCUGGGGAGUGGAGCCUGGGACAACCCUGCCUACAGUGGUCCCUCCUCCCCACAUGGGACGCUGAGGAUCUGCACCAUCUCCAGUGCGGUACCAUCCAAGCCCCGACCCAAGAAGCCUGAAGAUGGACCCCAGGAGAAAUCACACAGGACCCUGGUUUCCAGCUGCUGCCUCCAGAUCUGUCGCGGUAUCAGAGGUACCUGUUGCGGCGAGGGUUCUCCUGGGAUACUGGAGUCAGGAGAAGGGGUCACCAAAAGCUUUGGGGACUGAUGGGUGGGGUACCUGGGAGGACUCUUGCUAUGGGGGAUCCUGGGCAUCUCUCCAAUGCCCCUUAGGACUCUGGGGAACAACCCUGACUGAGAACACAGCUGAGAACCGGGAACUUUACAUCAAGACCACCCUGCGGGAGCUUUUGGUGUACAUUGUGUUCCUGGUGGACAUCUGUCUUUUGACCUAUGGAAUGACAAGCUCCAGUGCCUAUUACUACACCAAAGUGAUGUCUGAGCUCUUCUUACAUACUCCAUCAGACACCGGAGUCUCCUUCCAGUCCAUCAACAGCAUGGCGGACUUCUGGGAUUUUGCCCAGGGCCCACUACUGGAUGGUUUGUAUUGGACCAAAUGGUACAACAACCAGAGCCUAGGCCAUGGCUCCCACUCCUUCAUCUACUAUGAGAACCUGCUACUGGGGGUUCCGAGGCUGCGGCAGCUGAGGGUCCGCAAUGACUCCUGCACGGUGCAUGAGGACUUCCGCGAUGACAUUAUGAACUGCUAUGACGUCUACUCUCCAGAAAAGGAAGAGCAGCUCCCCUUUGGGCUCCUCAAUGGCACAGCGUGGACAUACCACUCAGAGGAUGAGCUGGGGGGCUCCUCUCACUGGGGCCGGCUCACAAGCUACGGUGGAGGUGGCUACUACCUGGACCUUCCGGGAUCCCGACAGGCCAGUGCAGAGGCACUCCGGGACCUUCAGGAGGGCCUGUGGCUAGACAGGGGCACUCGGGUGGUCUUCAUUGACUUCUCCGUCUACAAUGCUAACAUCAAUCUUUUCUGUAUUUUGAGACUGGUGGUGGAGUUUCCAGCUACAGGAGGUGCCAUCCCAUCCUGGCAAAUCCGCACGGUUAAGCUGAUCCGCUAUGUCAGCAACUGGGACUUCUUUAUCAUUGGCUGUGAGAUCAUCUUCUGCAUCUUCAUCUUCUACUAUGUGGUGGAGGAGAUCCUGGAGCUCCACAUCCACCGGAUUCACUACCUCAGCAGCAUCUGGAACAUUCUGGACCUGGUGGUCAUCUUGCUCUCCAUUGUGGCUGUGGGCUUCCACAUAUUUCGAACCCUCGAGGUGAAUCGGCUGAUGGGGAAGCUCCUGCAACAACCAGACAUGUAUGCUGACUUCGAGUUCCUUGCCUUCUGGCAGACACAGUACAACAACAUGAAUGCCGUCAACCUCUUUUUUGCCUGGAUCAAGAUAUUCAAGUACAUCAGCUUCAACAAAACCAUGACCCAGCUCUCCUCCACACUGGCCCGCUGUGCCAAGGACAUCCUGGGCUUUGCCGUCAUGUUCUUCAUCGUUUUUUUUGCCUACGCCCAGCUCGGCUAUCUGCUUUUCGGGACCCAAGUGGAAAACUUCAGCACUUUCAUCAAGUGCAUUUUCACUCAGUUCCGGAUCAUCCUUGGGGACUUUGACUACAAUGCUAUCGACAACGCCAACCGCAUCCUGGGACCUGUCUACUUUGUCACCUACGUCUUCUUCGUCUUCUUUGUGCUCCUGAACAUGUUCCUGGCCAUCAUCAAUGACACAUACUCAGAAGUCAAGGAGGAGUUGGCUGGACAGAAGGAUGAGCUGCAGCUUUCUGACCUCCUGAAACAGAGCUACAACAAGACCCUACUGAGACUGCGUCUGAGGAAGGAGCGGGUUUCAGAUGUGCAGAGGGUCCUGCAGGGUGGGGAGCAGGAGAUCCAGUUCGAGGAUUUCACCAACAGCUUGAGGGAACUAGUGCACGCAGAGCACAUCACUGAGCUCACAGCCACCUUCACCAGGUUUGACCAAGAUGGGAAUCACACGCUGGAUGAGAAGGAGCAGGAACAAAUGCGACAGGACGUGGAGGAGGAGAGGGUGGCCCUCAACACUGAGAUCGAGAACCUGGGCCAGUCCAUUGUGAGCAGCCCACCAGGCAAGUCGGGUGCAGAGGCUGCCAGAGCAGGUGGUUGUAUUUCAGGAGAAGAAUUCUACACGCUCACAAGGAGAGUUCUGCAGCUGGAGACUGCCUUGGAAGGAGUCGUGUCCCAGGUUGAUGCUGUGAGCUCAAAGCUGAAGACGCUGGAGAGGAAGGGACAGGUGGCUCCUUCCUCAAGCAUGGGGGAACAAAGUAUUUGGGAGCACCUGCAGCCAGCUCCAGCUGUGAUUCCAGCCCACUGGAGAGUCCAGGGUGGGCAGGAGAGUGGUAGGGAGGGGUCCUAAAGCAUCAGACAGCAGACUCCUCUCUCACUGCCUCUCCAGAAACUCCCUUGGCGCAUGCCCUCCACUUCUAGGGUAGCAGUUCCCACCAUUGCUGCUGUUGAGUCCCACCCUGUGUCUGGCGUUUUGAGCCAGUGUUUCUGUGUGUAGCUGGGCAUCAUGCUUAGGGUUGUGACUCAGUGUUUCUGUGUGUAGCCAUGUAGAUCUGUGAAAUAACAUUUCCCACUGGGCCUCUCACUCCCUGUGCUCCUAGCUCUGCUGUGAUAUUUAAAAAUAAUAAUAAUUAAAAAGGUCAAUAACAAACAGAAUAAAGGAUGGAAAGGAGGAAAUGACUUUCUCUAAGCACCUGGAUAGCCAUGAUUUCUGAAAAAAGUAGAAGCUGAGGGAGUGGCAAUAUCUAGACGUGUUCCUACUUGCCAGUGAAACAUCCUUUGUGCAUGAAGAGAUCUUCUAUUAGCACUGGUGGGUUUUUGUCUUCCCCACAGAG